AUGGGAACAACUGAUAAUAAAUUUGAAGUUAUCAAGGAAGAUUUUGCAGAAUUAAUGAAACAGAACCAAAACUUAGAAUUUAUAGAUACCCUAGAGAAGAAAUUAGCAACAGAUGAAUCCCCCAAGAAACGUUCAUUUGAAUUGAAUUCAAAGAUAAUGAAAGUCAAGGAAAACUUGUGGGGCAUUUCCCAGCUGUUUCUAAGACUUGGGGAUCUUCCAAAAUCUAAAGAAAAAGAACUUUAUCUGCGAUUGUCAUACUUGUUGUUACAGUUUUCUACAGAAAACUAUGGAAGAGACCUACUGGAAGAAGACAAAAUAGGUGGCAAUUUUACCAAGAAGUUUGAAGCAAUGUCUUACAGUACUGAAAUCUUGUCAAGAUUGGAUGCACUUGAAUCAGCUGUAGAGAGCUUUGGUGAGAAUGGACUAUCAAUUCAAGAUUCUCCAACUAUUCAUGAAUGGCAUGAGCUUGGCAAGAAAAUUGUGCAAGUUAUACCUGAAAAGGAUAAAUUGAAUGCUUUACCUGAAAAUCCUGAAUUGAAUAAAUAUAAUCGGCUGGAUGAAAUAAAUCAUGCAGCUGAUUCUCUUUUUCAAGGCUUUAGUCUUCAAUUUUUUGAAGCGGCCUAUGAGAAGCUGAAGUUAAAUGAAAAUCAAGUGGAGCCAGAGACAGAAAAACUUCACAACAUUUUGACAGAGCAAAUAAAAAAGGCAACUGGAAAAGUCUAA